GAGAAAUUUAGCUCCAUCAGAUUAAUUUCACUUUCGAACUACAUAUUCGGAUGUUUGGUUGCUUGUGCAUUUUUUAAUCUUCUCUUAAAGAACGACGGUAACCGUCUAGUCAAUCAGCAAGUUUAAAUUUAGUUCUGCGACCAUAAACUGAAUCAAAAUGGACGAGCUUAAAGGAUUUUUAAGACAAGCCGGCCAGGAGUUUCUCAAUGCGGCGGGUGAGGCUGCUAUGGGUGCCGCCAAAGAUGUCGUAGGCUCCGUUAUAAACGAAAUCUUCAUAAAAAAGGAAGCUGACACCAAGCGUGUGCUUCCAAGCAUAAAGAACAUGAGAGUUCUGGGUGAGAACAAUACUGGGCUUGGACAAUAUGCUGAGGUUCAGGACUACGAAACACUAUUAAACAAUUGUCUUACUAAUGGUUCGCUUUUUGAGGAUCCCCUCUUCCCAGCCAGCAAUGAAUCUUUAAUGUUUUCACGUCGCCCAGAUCGCCAUGUAGAAUGGUUGCGACCUCAUGAAAUUGCUGAGAACCCUCAGUUUUUUGUUGAAGGCUAUUCAAGAUUUGAUGUGCAACAGGGCGAACUUGGCGAUUGCUGGCUAUUGGCUGCUACAGCUAAUCUUACACAAGAAUCUUCACUUUUCUUUCGAGUUAUACCUCCAGAGCAGAGUUUUCAAGAGAACUAUGCCGGCAUAUUUCAUUUUCGAUUUUGGCAAUAUGGAAAAUGGGUAGAUGUUAUUAUUGACGACCGUCUGCCUACGUAUCGUGGAGACUUGCUCUACAUGCACUCUGCGGAGAAGAACGAGUUCUGGAGUGCUCUAUUAGAGAAAGCAUAUGCCAAAUUACACGGUUCCUAUGAGGCGCUUAAAGGCGGCACUACUUGUGAGGCUAUGGAGGAUUUCACUGGCGGAGUUAGCGAAUGGUACGAUCUUAAGGAAGCGCCAGACAAUUUAUUUAGCAUACUGCAAAAAUCUUCAGAACGUAACUCAAUGAUGGGAUGCUCACUUGAAGCAGAUCCGAAUGUAACCGAAGCUGAGACACCACAAGGAUUAAUACGUGGACAUGCUUACUCCAUAACAAAGGUUUGCAUGAUUGAUAUUGUAACACCAAAUCGUCAAGGCAAGAUUCCUAUGAUACGGAUGCGUAAUCCUUGGGGUAAUGAGGCUGAAUGGAAUGGACCUUGGAGUGAUAGUUCGCCUGAGUGGCGUUACAUACCGGAAGAACAAAAGCAGGAAAUUGGUCUUACCUUUGAUAGGGAUGGAGAGUUUUGGAUGUCGUUUCAAGAUUUUCUAACUCAUUUCGAUCGUGUUGAAAUUUGUCACCUAUCACCCGAGUCUUUCUCCCAAAAAGCAGCGGAUGAGCACCAACAAAGUGGGAAGCGUAAGUGGGAGAUGUCUAUGUACGAAGGCGAGUGGACGCCAGGUGUCACAGCUGGUGGAUGCCGUAACUUUCUUGAUACGUUCUGGCAUAAUCCGCAAUAUAUAAUAACGUUGGUGGAUGCCGACGAAGAGGACGAGGAAGGACAAUGUACUGUUAUUGUGGCUUUGAUGCAAAAGAAUCGUCGCUCCAAGCGUAAUCAAGGGAUGGAGUGCCUUACUAUUGGAUUUGCCAUUUACAGUCUGAGCGAUCACGAUCUUGCAAAUCGUCCCCAAGGCAUUAACUUUUUUAAGUAUAAGUCUUCAGUCGGUCGAUCUCCACAUUUUAUCAAUACACGAGAAGUCUGUGCUCGCUUCAAGCUGCCUCCAGGCCACUAUUUGAUUGUGCCCUCAACAUUUGAUCCCAAUGAAGAGGGUGAAUUUCUCAUACGCGUCUUCUCUGAAGCUCAAAAUAACAUGGAAGAGAAUGAUGACCAUGUUGGGUAUGCCGACAAAACUGAUUCGCUUUAUUGUUUGAAGAUCACUCCGGGCUUCCCUAUACCAAAGCCUAUGGAUACACAAAAAGAAAGCCUACGUCGCUUGUUUGAUAGCAUAGCUGGUCAGGAUCAGGAGGUAGACUGGAUGGAGUUAAAACGCAUCCUAGAUCACUCUAUGCGUGAUGACUUGCCGAAGCCAGUGAUGUUUAACCGCUCCAAUGCCUUUGAAACUCAAGCUGGCAGUGGUUCAGUGCCCGAAAAUCCUUGUGGAUUGCUUUCCCUACUGUGUGGUCCAUUCCUAAAAGGCACACCAUUCGAGGAUCAGGUGGGUAUGAACGAUCAGUCCAACAAAAGAUUAAUCGAGGAAGGCCCAGCAGUUAUUCUUGAUGAGACCCAUGGUUUUUCUAAAGAUGUUUGCCGCUCUAUGGUAGCCAUGUUGGAUGCGGAUAAGUCUGGUAAACUUGGUUUUGAAGAAUUUGAGGCACUGCUAUCUGAUAUUGCCAAAUGGAAAGCAAUUUUUAAAACAUAUGACACCGAAAAUUGUGGCAGAAUAUCUGGCUUUCAACUAAGAGAAGCAUUACAAUCGGCUGGCUACCAUCUCAACAAUCGUGUUUUAAACGUUCUGGGACAUCGAUAUGGCUCUAGAGAUGGUAAAAUUGCAUUUGAUGAUUUCAUUAUGUGUGCUGUACGCAUCAAAACCUAUAUUGAAAUCUUCAGAGAAAGGGAUGCUGAAAAAAAUGAAACUGCGACCUUUACGUUAGAAGAAUGGAUUGAGCGCACUAUUUAUUCAUAGAAUCUAAAGCCGUACAAACAAUAAACACAUUUUUUAUAUUAUAA